AUGACUCAUUGCAAUGAGGUUCAAAAUAAUCAUAGCAUCACAGUUGAUGGAAGAAAGGAUAGCUUAAUUAGAACUUGUCUCACAUGUGGUCAUCAUAUCAAAUGCCAAGAUCAGGGUGGUGGAAUUAAUGACCUACCUGGAUUACCUGCUGGAGUGAAGUUUGAUCCAACAGAUCAAGAGAUUCUUGAACAUUUGGAAGCAAAAGUGAGGUCUGAUAUUCAUAAACUUCAUCCUUUAAUUGAUGAAUUCAUACCUACUCUUGAAGGAGAGAAUGGAAUUUGCUAUACUCAUCCUGAGAAAUUACCAGGUGUAAGCAAAGAUGGCCUAAUCCGCCAUUUCUUCCACCGACCAUCGAAGGCAUACACAACAGGAACAAGAAAAAGAAGAAAAGUACAUUCAGAUCAUGAAGAUGGAAGUGAAACCCGGUGGCACAAAACAGGCAAAACAAGACCAAUUUACAACAAUUCCAAGUUAAAAGGAUACAAAAAAAUCCUCGUACUUUACACUAACUAUGGAAAGCAAAGAAAACCCGAGAAAACAAGUUGGGUAAUGCAUCAAUACCAUCUUGGUAAUGAUGAAGAAGAGAAAGAAGGAGAGUUAGUUGUGUCCAAAGUUUUCUAUCAAACUCAACCAAGACAAUGUGGUGGCAACUCAUUGAUGAUGAAAGACUCUCUUGUUGGACAAAGUUUGAAGGGUCAAAGUGGGAAUAAUAUUGAGGUAAUGAAUGGUGAAAAGAGUAUUAAUGGAUCGUUUGUUGAGUAUUAUCAUUCAAAUUUCAUAUCAUUUGAUCAAGGGAGUCAACAUAGAUCAUCUAGUAAUGCUCAAUUGAUUUCACAUUUUGAAGGUGCUCCUAUAUGA